GGUUCUCUUUAUAAAUGCUCAAAAAAAGGGCAAGAAAAGGGUUGGUGAGACCUAAGAUUCCUUGAUCCAACUGCUUCAAAUAAUUAAGAUUGUAAUUAAACACUGGGAGAUCAGAGUUGCGGUAUCGUUUUUGACUUUUUGUUGAUACUGAGAACUUGUUGCUGCGGAGAAGAUGGAAUCUCAGGAAGCAGCAAAGCCGCUGGUUCCGAGGGAUUUGUCGCAGGCACCACGGAGGAAUCGAGCAAGGAAUGUUCAUAUAUUGAGCACUGCUUUCUUAUUGAUAUUUCUGGCUUAUGGAGCUUCACAGAAUUUGGAGAGUACGGUUAAUUCGGAGCAAGAUUUGGGUUCUACUUCGUUAGGGAUACUCUACCUCUCCUUCACCUUUUUCUCUCUAGUGGCUUCUCCCAUGGUCCGGAUGCUGGGCUCCAAGAAUGCCCUGGUUCUUGGAACUACUGGUUAUUGGCUCUUCAUAGCAGCUAAUUUGAAGCCAUCCUGGUAUACCAUGGUGCCAGCUUCUUUAUAUUUGGGAUUUGCUGCUUCAAUUAUUUGGGUUGGACAGGGAACAUAUCUCACUAAAACUGCAUGCCACCACGCAGAAGACAACCAUUUACAUGAAGGAACGGUAAUUGGUAACUUCAAUGGAGAAUUUUGGGGAAUGUUUGCCGGUCAUCAGUUCUUUGGGAAUUUGAUUUCACUAGCUUUGUUGAAAAAUGGAAAGGAAGGAAGUACAAGCGGAACGACAUUAUUAUUCAUUGUCUUCCUUGGAAGCAUGACCCUGGGUACCAUAUUGAUGUGCUUUUUACAAAAAAUGGAUGUCAAAGAGGAGGAAGGGCCUCCAAAAUCAUCUGUCAGUUUUUAUUCUUCUGUGUUAUCUCUCUUUAAGCUGGUCAUCACUCCCUUGCUUAAUAGACGGAUGCUGUUGAUUGUCCCUCUUAUCGCAUAUUCAGGCUUGCAGCAAGCAUUUGUAUGGGCUGAAUUUACCAAAUAUGUUGUAACGCCAGCACUCGGAGUCUCGGGUAUAGGUGGUGCAAUGGCAGUUUAUGGGGCUUUUGAUGUAGCAAGUUCAUUGGCUGCUGGGCGAUUGACAUCUGGUCUCCCAUCAGUUACCUUGAUAGUUUCUGGUGGAGCUUUUAUUCAGAUCAUUGUACUGCUAUGGCUUUUACUGAAAUACAGGUUAACUAGUGGGGUACUUGGGUUUGUGUACCCACUUCUUAUGUCAGCCAUGUUGGGAAUUGGUGAUGGGAUAUUCAACACACAGCUGAACGCUCUUCUUGGAAUGCUAUUCAGGCAUGACAUGGAGGGGGCGUUUGCACAGCUGAAGGUCUGGCAGAGUGCAUCCAUAGCAGUUGUGUUCUUUCUGAGCCCAUACAUAACAUUGCAGUCAAUGUUGGUGCUGAUGGUUGCUGCUCUCUCUCUCUCAAUAGCUGGGUUUCUGUUUCUGACGCUGCAGGUGGAGAAGGCUUUCUCUUCCGCUGGAUCUUGAUAUUGGCAGUGAAGAUAGCUAUGAUUGUGCUGUGUCUCAUGGUGAUCCGGUUUCUCUCACCAUUCAAUUGCAUAUAGAUCGAAGGUAAAAUAAGUGGUUCGCAAGCCCCCUUGGCGAAUUUUCAUUCUUGAUACAUCAGCACCUUUUGUGGUAUUGGGGUUCUUAGGACAUUGUAACCUUCUUUUCACAUUCAAUUGUAAUUCGAGGGGCUGCUUGUCUGCUUGUUCCAUUUUACACUUCACACACCAAUUUUCAUCAUCUUUUUAUGUUAACAACGAAGUAUUCUUUCACUGCAAAUUUUCUCUUUCAAGGCUUGGGACCCACUCAACUAGUCUCUUGAACUGGAUCUCUUGAACUUUUAUGUUACCAGUGAAGUGCUAUUUGUAAUGGAAUUUUUCUCUUCCAGGGCUUGAGAUCAACUCAAUUAGUCUCCUGAACUGGAUUCGCCCAA